GUCAAAUUAUAAAAAGAAUUAAACUUCAGAUAAAUUUUUGGUUACAUAUUAAGUGUAAUAUUAAAUUAUUUAAUAUAUUAAGAAAACAACAUAAAAAUGACGGACAAAGAUUUGAUAUCAAAAUUAGCGAAUGUUCCCAUGGCGAGACCUGGAUUUGAUGCUUUGGGGAUGUCAGCUCCGGUUCUCGUUCAGAUGAAUCCAGAAGGUAAAUGGGAAAACUGCAAACCGGGGAGCUUGGAUGAGGAAAGAUUAAAAGCAGUAGUUAAUCAUUUAGUGAAUUCAAAUGCACUAUCGGCUGCUCAGAGUUACUGCUGUCAGUGUGCAAGUGAAAGUCAGAAAGAAAGCGGCAAAUCCAAUUACGUACCCGUGGUUAUGAUGCCCAUUUAUCCAGCAGACAAAUGUCCUUUCGAUUUAGACUGUGAGAUUGCGAAAAUGAAAAAAUCGGAUGAAAAGAAACCAACGACACAAAAAUUAAAUACCAUACACGAUGAGAAGGAAAGCGAAAAAGAUAAAGAUAAAAAGAAAUUAAAGAAGCGAGCUUUUGUUUUACAGCGGCUAACUGACUUUGAUCUUUUAUCACAAUGGUAGUAUAUAAACUGUAAAAGAUUUACAAGAAUCGAGUAUUUUUAGUAGUUGCGAUGUAUUUGAAUGUGUUGAAGCACUAAUAAAAUGUAUUGGUCAUGUUA